ACACGUGGGUCGGAAGUGCUUUAGAUUUCGCGGGCCGUCAGUGACAACACAGAUGCAGUGUGCAGAAAUGGCGGGGAUGAACGCUAUGGAGAAGAAAUUGGCGGAGUACAAGUGUGACACCAAUGAAGCGAUAUGCCUGAAGCUGGUUCGCUUUCCAGAGGAUGUGGAUGACGAGGGUACAACAUUCCACCCUGAAUUCAGCCACCAGCUUUAUGGUGAUGACGAGGUGGCUUUUGGAUUUAAAGGCCUCCAGAUUCAGCUGUACUAUAGCGCAGGAAACCUGAGCACCCUUUUCAAAGUGAAAUAUUCUUCCAAGGUCACAGAGUCGUUCGACUGCGUGGAGCCUGACGACGUCGAGGGCAAGAUCCGUGACAUCAUCCCCUCUGGCUUCACCUGCAACACGGACGACUUUGUGUCCCUGCUGGAGAAGGAGGCCAACUUCAAGCCCUUUGGAAGCCUGCUCCAUACAUACACGGUCCACAGCGAGGAGGCAGGCCAGGACCUCACCUACCAGAUACACAAGGCAGACAUCACCAGCCCGGGGUUCAGAGAGUACCACGAGCGCCUGCAGACCUUCCUAAUGUGGUUCAUCGAGACGGCCAGCUUCAUCGACGCCGACGACGACCGCUGGGACUUCUUCCUCGUAUUCGAGAAGUACAAUAAGGAUGGGGAGACUCUGUUCGCAACUGUUGGCUACAUGACAGUUUAUAAUUACUACGUGUAUCCAGACAAAACCAGACCACGUGUCAGCCAGAUGCUGAUCCUGCCUCCGUUCCAGGGCGAGGGUCAUGGUGCCCAGCUGCUUGAGGCGGUGCACAGGUUCUACUGCACCCUACCCAAAGUACAGGACAUCACAGCGGAGGACCCCUCGGACAGCUACGUGACGCUGAGGGACUUUGUCCUGGUCAAGCUGUGCCACGCCCUGCCCUCCUUCUCCACAGACAAGCUGGCCCUCGGCUUCUCUGACGACAUGGGGACGGAGGCCCGCGACAAGCUCAAGAUCAACAAGAAGCACGCAAGGCGAGUGUACGAGAUUCUGCGUCUGAGAGCGACGGACAUGAGCGACGAGACCAAAUCCAAAGAUUACCGGCUGGAGGUCAAGAAGAGACUUUUCGGCCCCUACAAGAAGAACCAGAGAGACCUGACCAAGAUGAUGAAGUGCCUGAGGCCGGAGGAGCUGGCCUCUCACAUCAGUCAGAUGGACACCCAGCUGCAGCACGACGAGCUGGAGAAGAGCUACCAGGACCUGCUGGUGGAGUACAGGAGAGUCAUCGAGAGGCUAGCGCAGGCCUGAUCACGGGCCUGGGGCUGGGGGCCUGGGGCUCUCCCACACAGCAGGCGGGGUAAGACCCAUCCACAGAGGGCCUGUGUGGGUGAGGACUGGAGUUACACCCUCCCUCCCCCGUUUGACAUCAUUAAAAGAUCUUGAUCGAAAAGUAUUGUGUUGAUAUUGAAAAGUAGAAUCGGGAGUGUGUUUUCUUCGGUGGGGGGGUGGGAGGAGGGAGAAGAGGUGAAUGAUCUGCCCCCAUACUGGAGUGUGUUUUAUUCGGUGGGGGGGUGGGAGGAGGGAGAAGAGGUGAAUGAUCUGCCCCCAUACUGGAGUGUGUUUUCUUCGGUGGGGGGGUGGGAGGAGGGAGAAGAGGUGAAUGAUCUGCCCCCAGACUGGCCUUCUGGGGAUGUGAUUGGUUAACAGAAGGCCUUGGGGUUCCUUCCACUGAUGUUGAUGGAUGUACAGUACAGGAUGAACCUGCAGCUGGGAGGUCACGUGUGUCACGUGACAUCACCUGUCCCUCGUGUGUCACGUGACAUCACCUGUCCCUCGUGUGUCACGUGACAUCACCUGUCCCUCGUGUGUCACGUGACAUCACCUGUCCCUCGUGUGUCACGGGACAUCACCUGUCCCUCGUGUGUCACGCGACAUCACCUGUCCCUCGUGUGUCACGGGACAUCACCUGUCCCUCGUGUGUCACGCGACAUCACCUGUCCCUCGUGUGUCACGCGACAUCACCUGUCCCUCGUGUGUCACGGGACAUCACCUGUCCCUCGUGUCCAAUCACACUGCCUCAGCUUCAGCGAUUGCUAAUCAUGACCAGCUGAUAGGAUCACCAUCCGCCCAGUGAGAAAAUGCUUCCUUUUCAUAGUGAUACAGGGACCCCCCCCCCCCCCAACCACUCAGAAAAACACAAGAAAAACCUGUUGUCCCUUUUUCUUGAAGACAUGUUGGUUUUGAAGCACUUCAUAAUAAAAUAUUCAUGUUUUUGUACAUUC